AUGGCGGAGGCAGUUCUCAAGAAGUUGGCUCCUCUGGCUGCUGAGCAGCUAGGCUACCUUUGGGGUUUGAGGAGUGAGAUAUCCAAGCUGGAGAGGACGGUUUCCUCCAUCAAAGCGGUGUUGUUAGAUGCGGAGGAGCAGUCCAGUCAUAAUCAUCAGGUCCAACAUUGGCUUGGUCAGCUAAAGGAGGUCCUUUACGAUGUGGAUGACUUGUUGGAUGAUCUCGCCACCGAGGCUGUACGGAAGCAACAAAUGGAUGGCAAUUGCGUCGCAAACGAGGUGCAUCUCUUCUUUUCAGGUUCCAACCAAAUUGUUUAUGGGUUGGAAAUGGCUCGUGCAAUCAAGGAAGUUCAAAGCAAGCUAGAUGAGAUUGCUAUGGUUAAGGAGCGGUUUAAAUUCAAAAUGCACUCCAUGGAGCAGGCUGUUGCUGUUGGGGACUGGAGGCGAACUGAUUCCUCUGUCCCUGAUGCAGUUGUUGGGAGAGAAGAAGACAAAUGGAAACUGAUUGAUAUGGUACGGCUUUCCAAUUACAAAGAGAAGGUUGCAGUCAUUCCCAUAGUUGGGAUUGGUGGAUUGGGGAAGACAACACUAGCUCAGCUUCUUUAUAAUGAUGACAAGGUGAAAUCACAUUUUGAGCUCAAACUUUGGGUCUGCGUUUCCGAAAAUUUCGAUCCGAGUUUCUUAAUAAGAAAGGUUCUGGAGUCGGCCACCAAAAAAGAAGUGAGUAAGGACCUUGAGGCGAACACAGUGAAGGAGCUUCUUCAUGAGGCAAUCAAAGACAAAAGGUUUCUGUUGGUGUUGGACGAUGUAUGGAACGAGGAUAGGGAAAAAUGGGCUCGCUUCAAGAACAUGCUGUCCAGUGGCGCGAGAGAAGGCAGUAAAAUUGUGGUAACCACGCGCAUUCAAAUUGUCGCGGACAUAAUGGCAACUGAGACCAUAGUGCCACAUGAAUUACAAGGUUUAUCUAAAGCCGAGUCAUGGACUUUGUUCGAGAAGUUGGCAUUUAGGGGAGGAGCUACUUCAAGUCCAAACUAUGUGGAGAUAGGUAAAGAGAUUGUUGGCAAAUGUAGAGGAGUGCCUCUAGCUAUAAGAACGAUGGGGGGACUUUUAUACUUCAAAGACACAGAACAAGAGUGGGAGUCUGUAAAAAAUAAGCAACUAUUAGGUUUUGGUUUGGACGGUAAAGAGAAUGCAAUUUUGGCAACCCUCAGAGUGAGUUACAACAAUUUGCCUUCCAAUUUGAAGCGUUGUUUUGCUUACUGUGGCUUGUUCCCGAAAGAUCACAAGAUUGAAGUGAAAAGGCUGGUGCAAUUGUGGAUGGCGCAAGGAUAUGUCGAGUCUAGCCAAUCAUCUUUUCUCGAUGAUGUUGGUGUCGAAUAUUUUAAGAGUCUGCUCCACAGGUCCUUCUUUCAAGAGGCGACGAAGGAUAAAUGGGGGAAUAUAGAAUACUGUAAGAUGCAUGACUUGAUGCAUGAUCUGGCUAUGGAAGUUUCUGGGAAGGAGACUAUUGUCUUGAAUAUCUGCAAUUCGAUUGAUAGCAACCGGAUUCGUCAUGUAUCAAUUGGUGAUUCAACAGAGCCAUGGAAUAGUGACAGACGGCUGUUUUUUCCGAAUUUUUUGGUCAAAGCAACAAAAUUGCGAACAUAUAUGAAUCUAGCUGGGGAAAAUAUAUAUUGGAAGGGAGGAGUGGAUGAGAAAAUCUUCACAACAAUGACUGGCAUGAGAACGUUGUCUCCGAACAGGGAGGAAAGGAAGAUCAUGCCACAUAACAUUCGUAAGUUGAAGCAUCUUAGGUAUCUUGACCUUUCUUUCAAUGGCACUAUCGUGCUUCCUGAGGAGAUCACAUGUUUAGUGAACUUGCAAGUGCUCAAGUUGUACGGAUGCGCUGUUCUUCAGAAAUUACCAAGAGGUUUCGGGAAGCUGUCCAAUCUUUUGUAUCUCAACCUGCAGGAGUGCACCAGCGUUCUGCCACAAGGUUUACUCCCACACCUUACCUGCCUUGAAUCACUCUCCAUAGGCCGCUGCAAUGACUUCACGACUCUGUCUCCAGCUGUUAUUCAACACCUCACUUCCCUCCAAAGGCUCGAGCUUAGCAGUUGUCCCUGUCUCGCAAGUUGGAAGGGUGGCUACGAUCAUGGUGGUGAUGAGAAGAAGAACAAGAUGACGAUGAUGCCAAUUUGUGCCCUCCCGUACCUGCAUUCAUUGCGUUUCUUUAAUCUUCCGAAGUUGGUACAUCUACCGGAGUGGCUACGCCAUUCCUCAAAUUUGCAAAAGCUUCAGAUGAAUGAUUGUGUCGCCCUGAAGGGUUUACCAGAGUGGCUCACAAAGCUCGCCGCGUUGAAGUCUCUGGAAGUAAGCUUGUGUGGUGAUCUAUCAACGAGAUGCAGAGGCCAAACAGCUCUGGACUGGCCCAACAUUGCUCAAAUACCAAAUAUUGAAGUUGAUGAUCGAGUGAUUCAAAAGGACGGCUGCUACUUGGGAUUGGAUCAAGGACAAGGAGAAGAUUAUAGUGAGGACGAAGACGAUGAUGAUGAAGAAGAAGAGUCUACUCCGGACACGUUAGCAAAUGGCAUUGCAAGGCUGACUUGCAGCCUAUUCAGGAGAUGUUUUCUCUGCUAA